CUCAUUCAUUUACUUGGGUUUAGGGUUUCGAUAGAUAGGCAAGUGGCCACGACACUGAGAGAACCAUUUGUCACCUAUAUAGGGAAACGUUAGGCUUCUGUCGUAUUCUCUGUGGAACCAAAAAAAAAAAUAUCAGCUUUCUGUAUCUCAAUCGGAUUUUUCGAGUUAUCUGUGAAAACGUAAAGCAUCAGGUUUAAAGACUUUGAAAACAAUGGCGGGAUUUCCAGGUUUUAGUUACCUUGGUCCAAAAAGCAAGAACACGGUUGUAGCGGGUGGAUUAACGGUUUUUGUUUUUGGGGUAUACUUCUACACAAUGAGGGCUGUUGGUGGCACGGAUGAACUUCAGGUGGCUAUUGACAAGUUCGAAGGCCAAAAACCAGUUGAGACCAACACCAAUGUUCCAUCUAAGGUCUAAUGUAAUCCUCACCGGCUUGAUAUGUCCAACCAAACCCGUUGUUGUUUAUCUUUGUCUUCCAAGUUCUUUACUUCACUCUCGUUCGUCAGAUUGGUAUCUGUGUUUGAGUCUCAGUCCAAUCCCUCCUAAUACAGUGUUUUAAACAAGAGAAUUCUGAUCAGGACAUGGUUUUAAUGUUCUUGACAUAACUUUAUCA